GUCCCACCCCCAUGCCUGUGUCCCCCUCCCCUCCACAUCUCUACUAUGAUCCCCAGGCUCCUAUAUGCUGCAGCACAGCUCUCAGAGGCUGUGUAGUGACAGGUACAGCAGGGUGUUAAGCGCUGCUGCCCAUACAGAGUGGAGUCUGCAUGGAACACUAGUGCCUUCCACAGACUGAGCCCAGCAUCAGCAUCAGCUGCUAAGCUAGAACUGCUCGCUCCUGUCACCUGUGCCAAGGUUCCUGUAACAGAGAUUCGAGAACACAAAAUAAGAAAUAAAACUGCUUUCUCAUUCCUCAAUCUGAGCAGCAACAUUAAUUCAGCUCACUCUGCAGAAACAUUGAGACUUGUCUUUCUCACAUUCUACUCUCCAACUUCAGCUUUCACAGUAUUUGGAUGUCAGUUUGACAGUCAUGGAAAAAACCUAUUCUCUGACAGCUCACUAUGAUGAGUUCCAGGAAGUCAAGUAUGUCAGCAAGUAUAAUAGCAGCAGCACACUCUCCAAUGGAUUUAACAUCCAGGUGAGUUCCAAAAAGCAGCCAAAAGGAAUCCCACGAUGGAGCAGGAGGGAGACCUGCCUGCUCUCUGGGCUGGUUUUUGUAGCUGGUUUGUGUGUCAUUUUAGGAUGUAUGUUGGUGUUGAAGUAUCUGGCUAUGGAGCAGGAUGGACAGUGCUUAGAAGAGUGCCAGGAAAGAAAAGCUUUUAUGAGGGCUUCCAAAUUUAUUAGCAACAACAUAGAUCCAACAAUACCACCUUGCACCGACUUCUACUCAUUCGCUUGUGGUGGUUGGCUGAGGAGGCACCGUAUACCAGAGGACAAGCUGAUUUAUGGCACCAUUGCAGCCAUUGGGGAGCAGAAUGAAGAUAAGCUGCAGCACCUUCUCCUACAACCAGUGAGAAGGAAGUACAGAGGGUCUUCUGAGAGGAAGGUAAAAGAGUUCUUCAGAUCUUGCCUAAACAUGAGAGAGAUUGACCGUUUGGGAGCCCUCCCAAUGCGUCAAGUUCUUGAGGACUGUGGAGGCUGGGAUUUGCCAGAAUACUCCAAAACCAAGUGGGACUUUAAUGAAUUGCUCUUCAAAACUCAAGGAGUCUACAGCACUGCAGUCUUCUUCUCAUUGACAGUCAACUUAGAUGACAAGAAUUCUUCCAGAUACGUCAUCAGGAUCGAUCAGGAUGGCCUGACUCUGCCAGAGAGAACGCUGUACCUAGGGCAGGAUGAAGACAGUGAAAAGAUACUGGCUGCUUAUGAAGUCUUCAUGCAGAAGACCCUCGGCCUUCUUGGAGUUGAAAAUGUGCAGAAAAAGGCUCAAGAAAUUCUGCACCUGGAGCAGGACCUGGCCAAUAUCACUAUCUCAGAAUUUGAUGACAUCAGACGUGACAUCAGCACUCUAUACAACAAGGUCACCAUAGCACAGCUGCAGCAAAUUGCCCCACACUUGAAAUGGAAACGCCUACUAGACCGGAUAUUCCAUGAAAACUUUUCAGAAGAUGAAGAAGUUGUAGUGUUGGCCACAGAUUAUAUGCAGAAAGUAUCUGAUAUGAUACGGACUACACCAGCGAGUGUCCUUCACAAUUACAUGCUAUGGCGACUAACAGUAGUCCUGAGUGAGCAUCUCUCCACACCCUUCCGGGAUGCCCUUCAUGAAUUGUCUAAGGAGAUGGAGGGCUCAGAAAAACAGAUGGAGCUGGGGAAAGUGUGCCUUAGUCAAGUCAAUAAACACUUUGGGAUGGCACUGGGAGCUUUGUUUGUAGAAGAGUAUUUCUCAUCAUCCAGCAAAGCCAAGGUGCAGCAGCUUGUUGAAGACAUUAAACACAUACUAAACAACAGGUUGGAUGAAUUAGACUGGAUGGAUUUAGAGACCAAGGAAGCUGCAAGAGCAAAGCUGAAACACAUGAUGGUUAUGAUUGGAUAUCCUGACUUCCUGCUCAAGCCGGAAUCCAUGGACAAAGAAUAUGAAUUUGAGGUUCAUGAAAAGACAUAUUUCAAGAAUAUUCUGAACAGCAUUAGAUACAGCAUCAAACAGUCAGUGAAGAAGAUCCGUCAAGAAGUGGAUAAAUCAGCGUGGCUGCUUCCUCCUCAGGCACUGAAUGCCUACUACCUUCCUAACAAGAACCAAAUGGUGUUUCCUGCUGGGAUCCUGCAACCCACACUCUAUGAUCCAGAUUUUCCCCAGUCUUUAAACUAUGGAGGAAUAGGGACCAUCAUCGGACACGAACUCACACAUGGAUAUGAUGAUUGGGGUGGUCAGUAUGACUCAUUUGGGAAUCUUAUUCACUGGUGGACUGAGGACUCAUACAGCAAAUUCCUAAAGAAAGCAGAAUGCAUUGUUGACCUAUACGAAAACUUUACUGUGUACAACCAACGGGUAAAUGGAAGAUUAACUUUGGGAGAAAAUAUUGCAGACAUGGGUGGCCUAAAGCUGGCUUAUUAUGCAUACCAGAAGUGGGUGAGAGAAAACGGCCCCGAACGCCCACUACCUCGUCUGAAAUACACACAUGAUCAGCUAUUCUUCAUUGCAUUUGCACAGAACUGGUGUAUAAAGAGAAGGUCCCAGUCUAUAUACCUGCAGGUCCUGACUGACAAACAUGCUCCUGAACAUUACCGGGUUAUGGGUAGUGUCUCUCAGUUUGAAGAGUUUGGGAGAGUAUUUCACUGCCCCAGGAAUUCCCCUAUGAACCCAGCUCAGAAGUGUUCUGUGUGGUGAUAUAGGGAGCAUUGCUGGAGCUAGCUCCAUCCACACCACAGCACAAAUACUCUGUACGUCUACAUCAGGAGAAGAAUGUCUGCGUGUGCCUUCUACACCCACGGACCUUGGGUAACUGACCUUUUACACCCACGUUGCAUGGGUUACUGGGUCCUUGAAUAGAAUGUUGUUUCCUGAGCUCUUGACACCCACCCAGGAUAUGGCUUGUAAAGAUCUUUACAACCCUCAUGAAUAAGAUCCAGAGUCGCUCACACCAUGGACACGUUACAGAGGCUGCUGAUCAUCCAGAAAAGGAUUUAUCGGGACAAAGGACCACAUAAAAUGGGCCACAGACUUCAAAAUAAUCAAAUAAUGAGUUAUUGGGUCUUUAACACCAACAGAAGAUAUUGUAGGUUAUUGAGCAGAUUACAUGAGCCUCUUACUUCCACAGUAGAGUGAUUAAGCCCACUGUCAGCAAUAUAAGAUGGAUUUAUGGGCCCUUGACUGUAUCAGUUGAUUGAUAAGAAAUAGGUGUUUAUUAAGACCUUUAGACACACAAAAGAUUACUGAGCCCUUGUUCAUCCAUGUUGGAUGGGUUGCUGAAGCCUUCAUAUUUAUAGAGGAGAUGUUUUUGAGCACCUUAUACCCACGGAGAAUGGACAACAGCACCUUUUGCAUUCUCAAAAGAUGGUUACUAGAGUUAUUUACACCCAGAGACUUCAGGGUAACAAACCUUUUCAUAUAGACAAAGAUGAGAUAACAGAGCUCUUCCCACCCACAGAUAAUGGGUAACUGAGUUUAAAUAUACACAGAGAAUAUUGUGUUGUUCAUAGCCACAAAAUAUGGGUAACGUCUUCUAUUUCUAAAUAAAAAAUAGCUACUGGGAUGAUCUGGGCUGCAAGCCACUCAUCCUUGAAUCAUCUGGCUAAUGGGCAAAUCUAGAACAGAUUAUUUUGUUUCGAUCUUCCUUCAUUUUACUUUGAUGAAAGUGACUUGUGCCAAAUACAUGUCGUCAUGUCCUCCGGUGAUUUCUGCAUGGCAGAGGCGGGACAGCACUGAGAAAAUGCUCCAGAAUAGUAUUCGUUUUUAAUUAAAACUAGGUGAAUUUAAUGAUGAUAUACUUGAGUUAUUAAUCAUCGCAUUCCAGCACAUAACUAUGUAAUCAGUAUCACUGGUUUCAUUCCAUUACUUUUGUGUAGACUAUAUUGAGACAAUGGGCCUGAUUGAGAGGUGGACUCAUAGCCGAUGAUUGUGCAGUCAGGCAAUGUUUUUGUGUCCGAGUCGCACUGCACAUGUGCCAUUAUGGUCUUGCAAUGGCGCUCAUAGUGUGGAUGAGGACGCAGAGUGUGACAGAUAGUUUGUGGGAGGUGGCGACUCAAACAGAUAUAUAAAUAUUUACUACUCACAAAUCCUGCCUGCGUUUUAGGGUAAAAUGUCAGCCUAUGGGCCAAAAUCAGAGAUGUAGGCAACCCUAUGAUUUGCUUACAUCUCUGAUGGUUGUAGAUCUGCAUAUGAGCAGGAUCUGUAAUGCACAUGUGCAGAUCUGUGUCUGCAACUAAGGUUGCAGUGCCUUUUAUUAACAUGCUGCGGCCAUUUGAGGGAGGGGAAGGGAUGGGCAUGGCUAGCGUUUUAGAAAAUAGGGGCAUGUCGGAACUGUUGUCUGGGCAUGCCGAGGCUAGUGGCUGGCCCCGCCCCGGCAGCGUGAAAACACCAGCCCUACAGCUGCUAUAUGAACUGAGUCCAUCCCUGAAUCAUGCCCUACAGUGUCCAACUAUUGUCUCCUCAUCCAACCGCCACAUCUUGUGUACACUGGCUCUUUCUUUAGAUCAUUUACAUCCCUUUACUCCCUCUACACUACAUCAUUAUUUUUCCAUUACACCAUUACAUCUCAUUUUCUGUAUAAAGAGCCCAUUACAUUGUUUACCUAAUAAAAACAAGUUAAAAUGUUAAAUGUUUUAUUUUUCUUAAGUUGUAAUAAAACAUUUAUAUUUCCAUUAACUACUCUAGGCUAUAUGAGGGUUGAGAUUGCUCAACAUUCUAAAUUUGUACCAAAAUCAUACAGUAGGAACCAAUAAGCAAUUAGCUUUUAUCUGUAAUGUGCAGGGUACACAAUGUGUACAAAAUAUCUGAUUGCUUUGUCUUCAGUACAGAUGUGCUCAGAAAGCUACUUUAUCAUCAUCAUCAUCACCAAAGAUUAUUUGCACUCCAUUGUAUUUGUCAUGGAAUUCUCAUAAACUCCUCACAUUAUUAGAUUUAAGAUUAUUUAUAAAUUAUUUACUGUUCAGAAGGAGAAGCAAAGUGAUUGUAGUCCAUGUAUGAGCAUAUAGAUUACUUUCCCAACAGUUACAGUGAUCAAAAGUCAUUCAUUCAGUGCUCGAUAAAGGUAAUUUUAUACUUGUGAGCCAUAAGACCAAGAUCCCUUUUAGUAUAUUGUGAGACAUUGCUGUAAAUCUUAUUCAUUUACUUAUGCAAAACAGUGUGAAAAUAUUAGAGCGAGCACAUAAAACCAGAAUGGGAAAUUGUUUAACGACAUUAUAUUACAAAAGAACCUGAAAGAAAGAUUUCAUGGCUAAGUCCUCUUCCCUAUUUAAACGGCCAAACUGGAAUGCAUGUGUACUGUAUAUCUGCAGCUAAAACUAGCAAUCUGUGAAUCCUGUACUGUUGGUGUCACGCUGUGUACAAUAAAGUGAUUGGUAGGUACUGCGUAAUUACAAUUGAAAAUUUAAAGUUAUAGGGGACUCAAUGGCAUCUGCAGCCCAGGGUGCAUGAUUGUAUAAUCCCGCAUUUUGUGUCCAUUGGAA